AUUUAAAUUCUUCCAACGGAUACCGUGGCUGACUUCUCGCGUGUGGCGUUUACAAACAGUAAACGAACGCGAAGUAAAACGCGCUGUCGUUGACGAACGUGAAAGCCGUAUUGUGUUUUAGCGAGAGAUAAUUGUACAAGAGAUUGUCGACAAGAUGAAUGAUACACGCAACAUGAAGAAGGAUAAGAAUCAGCAUAUCCAGGUUUUCGUGCGUGUCAGGCCGAUAAAUCAGAGCGAGAAAGUUGGCAAAUCCAUAGCGGUGUUGGAAUUACCAUCUAAUAAAGAAGUAGUAGUGCAUGAGAGGCAACAAGGCACUCAUUCAAAAAAGUUUACGUUUGACAAAGUAUUUGGGCCUUCUUCGAAACAGAUGGAUGUAUACAAUGCAGUUGUUAGUCCGUUGCUUGAGGAAGUAUUGGCUGGAUAUAACUGCACAGUAUUUGCUUAUGGCCAAACUGGAACUGGAAAAACUUUUACUAUGGAAGGUUGUAGCAAUGAUCCAACAUUACAUUGGCAAAGUGAUACUUCAGCUGGAAUUAUACCACGUGCAUUGAGUCAUUUGUUUGAUGAAUUACGUAUGUUGGAAAUGCAAGAAUAUACAGUACGAGUUAGUUUUCUUGAGUUAUAUAAUGAAGAAUUGUUUGAUUUGCUAUCACCUAAUGAUGAUGCAUCUAAAAUAAGGCUUUAUGAAGACGCUACAAGAAAAGGUUCGGUGAUCAUUCAUGGAUUAGAGGAAGUAACUGUACACAAUAAAAAUGAAGUUUACAAGAUCUUAGAAAAGGGAUCAGAAAAAAGACAAACAGCUGCAACUUUAAUGAAUGCUCAUUCAAGCCGUUCCCACACAGUGUUUUCAAUUACUAUUCAUAUAAAAGAGAAUAAUGUGGAUGGGGAGGAGCUUCUAAAAACUGGAAAAUUAAAUUUGGUAGAUUUAGCGGGGAGUGAAAAUGUCGGAAGAUCGGGUGCAGUUGAUAGAAGAGCAAGAGAAGCAGGAAAUAUUAAUCAAUCGUUAUUGACUCUUGGUCGAGUUAUAACAGCGCUUGUUGAAAGAGCACCUCACAUACCAUAUCGGGAAUCAAAAUUAACAAGACUUUUGCAAGAAUCAUUAGGAGGACGUACGAAAACGUCAAUUAUUGCAACAGUGUCCCCAGCAAGCAUAAAUCUUGAGGAAACCUUAUCGACAUUAGAUUAUGCUCAUCGUGCCAAAAAUAUUACAAAUCGUCCUGAGAUCAAUCAGAAACUGUCCAAAAAGGCAUUACUCAAAGAGUAUACGGAAGAAAUUGAAAGACUUAGGAGAGACUUGUUAGCAGCACGUGAACGAAACGGCGUAUAUUUGGCGCAGGAGAAUUAUAAUGAGAUGCAAACAUUAAUUGAACAUCAAACCAAGGAAAUCGAAGAAAAGAUAACUCACAUUAAAGUACUUAAAGAAACUAUGGAGAAUAAGGAGCAAAUAUUUACUGAUUUACAAGCAAAGCACGAAGAACAAACUAAUCAUCUGCAUGAAACCAAGGAGCAAUUGGAAACCACUACACAUGCUUUGAAAUCAACUGAAGCUCUUUUACAAAUGACAGAACGUGAGAAAGAGGAACAAAGCCACUUAGUAGAGAAACAUUUAUCUACAGAAAAACAGCUUUUAUCACAAGCACAAAAAGUCUUGGAUGUAGCUGAAGCGGCAACAUUUGAUGUAAAUAAGCUUCACGAUAAAAUUUCUCAUAAAAGACAAUUGGAACAGGAAAACGAACAUAUUAGUCAUCAGUUUCGAAGUAACGUAACAAAACAAUUUCAAGAUAUGAAAAACAAUGUUACAGUUUAUACACGGGAAUUCAUAGAAUUUUGCACUUCUAUGAAAAGUAACAUUGAUUCUCAAAUGGAUCUAUUUAAAAAGGAUAUUGAUUCAAUAAUCUGUCAUAUGUCAGACGACAUUGUUAAUAAAGAAAAAUUAGCAAUGGAUGAAUUCACAAAGAAUAUACGUAAUUCGUACGAACACUAUCACCAAUGGCUAGACACAGAAAUGGCACGUUCAUCUGAUAUGACUCAGCGUGAACGCGAAUUUUUAAAUAACACAUCCCUAAAACUGACGUCAAAAAUUAAUCACUUGAUAGAAGUUAAUAAUAUGGAAAUUGUAAAGAACUUACAUCAUUUAAAGAACGAUGUAUCUAAAAAAUUUGAUCAAUUAUUGGCGUAUACAAAUGAAUCGAUAAAACAGCUUUGUAACUGCAGAUUGCAAGAAUGUGAUAAUUUGUAUAAAAAUAUAAAUGAGAUAAAACAGGAUACACAAGCUAUGCGUGAACGUGACGGUAAAAUUAUGGAGGAACGAGAAAAGUUUAAGAAGUCGUUUGAAAAUGUAUGGCUACAAUUUAAUAAGUUAAAUGAAAACGUAACUGAGAAUUAUUCCGUUACAUGCGCUACCUUAAAUCAUGUUGAUAAAGUUUGUGACAGUACAACUAAUGAUAUUCUCAAUAAUCAUAAGAAGGCUGUUGAAAGAAAUGAGACCCUGCAACAGAAAAUUCAGGACGAUGUAAAUAUACUCAAAAGCGAUGUUGAAUCUGGCAUGGAAAAGAAUUGGACGUUAGCAGAGCAGAUUGCAGUACAUAGUCAUAAUUUGGUCGACGAACUUCAAACUGACUUAAAUAAUCAUUGCGAUGCACUAAUGCAGAACAAACUGCAUGUUGAAGAUAACAUGAAACACAUGGAGCAGAAGUUGAAGGAAGAUAACACUUCUUUUAUUGGAUCCGUCAAAAAUAUAUAUAGUGAAUUAGCACAAGGAAGUCAAGAUCACAAAAAACUUGGGGAAGAAUUAAGAAAGAAGAAUCUACAAUCAUUCACUGAACUGAAUGAUAAGCUUAUGAAUGAAAGUAAAAAUGCUUCUGCCUGGAAUGACGAGACACUUACGGAACUGCAUUCAAUACACGAAAGAGUUGGAAAAUUCCUUCAAGAUUUAAGGCAUGAUGUACCAACAGGUUCAACGCCGGCAAGAAAAGAAUAUCAAUAUCCACGGAAUUUUAUCGCAACUUCGCCGCACGAACGAAUCAUUCAGAGAUUCAGAGAAACAAGAAAUUACCUCGACAAUUCUGACAAUGAAGAAACAAUAUUGGUCAAUAACAACUCGCCGAAGAAGAAAUGUCCAAAUGCAAAUUAAAUAUUUUAACUGGUAAUCAAUUGCAUUUUAUAAUUAUACAAUAAAAGUUAGUUGAUUAUAUACAUUAGGUUUAGUGUGAGAUAUAAGAAUAUUUUGAUACAAUGAUACAAUGUAAUUAAUUAUAAAUAAAUACUUGACAGAAAAUUA